AUACACUUUGACAUCAAACAACAAUGAAAAAUUGGUAUCAAAGAGUUAAAAGGUUAUGGGUUCCAUACAUAUGUUUCGUAUGAAUAGGUUCAAGACCGGAACGACUGAUAGUUGCUAAUCUGCGAAUGAUAAGAUAGACUCCUCUAGUUUCUUUCCCCCACCAAAACAGUGGAACGAUCUUGGAAGAAUCAUAAGAAGAGAGGAAGAAGAGGUAGAUACCACGAGAGGGCCAUUGCAAUGGCUGCACCUGAAGCAUGACUUGUGGUAAGGCAUUCCUUCCAAUGUCAUCAAAUCCAUAACAUAUACAGUCUUGUCACACGCCUUGCAUUUGUCUAGUGUCCCAGUAAAAUCCAUUGUUCUCUGUCUCUAUCCUUUUGUUAUCCUCUUCCUUAGCUUUCAGAUCAUAAUAGAGACAACAAGAAUCAAAGCUCUUUUGUGAUCUUUCUGCCUUCAUUUAAAAUCUUGGAUUGAGAGUUUGGUUCUGAUGGAUAAGAUUCGAAUAAGGAGAGCCCAUUAUAGACUUUUAUCGUCUAUGGUUCAAUAUUCUAAAUCUGGGUAGCUCGUGUUUUUUUUUAACUAUCAUUUAUCAAAACUAGAUUGAGAAAUUGAAAUGGGCAAAAAACCGGGUCAUUUAUAUAAAACAAUCAAAUAGGGGAAAAUGAUGUAUAUAUUGUAAAAAUUAGAGCUGUUGCUGUAAAGAUGUUGUACAUACUUUAGCUGCUGUAACUAAAAAAGAAACAGUAACCAUGUUUUAUGCUUUAGAAAAAAAGUGUUGAUUAGUAAACAAAAUGAUUAAAAUGACUUGAAAAGAUUUUGAAAACUUUUAAACCAAUAAAACCUGAUUGAGACUUUUAAGACUUUGGAAAUUUCUUAAAGAAUUUACAGAUGUUAACGUUGAUUUACCAACAAAAAAAGUUGAUUUACCAUCACAACCUUUAAAAAGUAAAGGUCAAAUAAUAGAUAGUACAGGGGUUCUUUUCAAAUAAUCGACAAAGAGGACUCAGAAUCAGAAAGAACUUUGAAGUUGUUUGUUAUUAUUACUAUAAAGUAUACAAAAUGUAGGGAUCAUAAAUGUAAUGCGUUGAGAAAAGAGUGGUAUGUCACUGAAAUAACAGAAAAUCAAGACAAUCGUAUAAAGUAUAGAAAGAUGAAGGGUCAUAUUUAUAAAUAACAAAUAACAGAGGGAGAAAGUCUGAAAGAAGAGGAAACUCCAUUGACGCCCUAACAAGAAGGCCGGAGGAGAGCAAAAAGUUCUGUUACACUCGCUUUCUCAUUCUUCGGUUUGUGAAUAAAACAAAUCUGAGCUCUCGAUCCAUCCGUUUCUUCUUCUCCGGUUAUUUGGCUGACCGGUUUGUGGUUUAUUUGAACACUCCGAUCAGUAAAACCCCUAGGUUUUGAACCAGCAUUAGGUUACGGCGGUAUUGUAUAGAUUUAGGGUUACCUGUCUCCAGUUUUCGAGAUCAAGAGAGAGAGAUUGCGAUGAAUAACAACAGAGGACGAUAUCCACCGGAGUCCGGAACGCGACGUGGAGCCCCGCCGCGUCCUUCUUAUCAAUCGCAGCACGGUCAGCCUCACAAACAUCAGCAGCAACAGUGGUCAAGACGCGCUCAGCUUCCUGGGAACGCCAAUGAGGUCCAGAACACGGCGUCGUCUCAGCCGCCCGUACCUAGCAACGAUCAUAAAUUCAAUGGCUCCGUUACUCUCAGUGGCGACCAAGAUUGGAAGGCAACGUUAAAGCUCCCACCUCCUGAUACUCGUUACCAGACUGCGGAUGUUACAGCUACAAAAGGAAACGAAUUCGAAGAUUACUUUCUUAAAAGAGAUCUGCUAAAGGGAAUAUACGAGAAGGGUUUCGAGAAGCCAUCUCCCAUUCAAGAAGAGAGCAUUCCCAUUGCUUUGACCGGUAGUGAUAUUCUCGCUAGAGCCAAAAACGGUACAGGAAAGACUGGUGCUUUCUGCAUUCCUGUCUUAGAGAGAAUUGAUCCUAAUACCAAUGUUAUUCAAGCCAUGAUUCUAGUUCCAACGCGAGAGCUGGCCCUUCAGACUUCGCAGGUUUGCAAGGAGCUUUCCAAAUAUUUGAACAUCCAGGUUAUGGUCACCACUGGCGGUACCAGUCUGAGAGAUGAUAUCAUGCGGUUGCAUCAGCCUGUACAUCUGCUCGUUGGAACUCCUGGAAGAAUAUUGGAUCUUACCAAAAAGGGAGUGUGUGUUUUGAAAGACUGUACGAUGCUUGUGAUGGAUGAGGCCGACAAGCUUUUGUCUGCAGAAUUCCAACCUUCUCUAGAGGAACUGAUACAGUUUCUGCCAGAGAAUCGUCAGUUUCUGAUGUUUUCGGCUACAUUUCCUGUCACUGUGAAGGCUUUUAAGGAUCGGCAUCUCCGGAAACCAUACGUUAUCAAUCUCAUGGAUCAACUCACGCUAAUGGGUGUCACACAAUAUUACGCUUUUGUUGAAGAGAGACAGAAGGUUCACUGCCUCAACACACUUUUCUCUAAGCUGCAAAUAAACCAGUCGAUAAUCUUUUGCAACUCUGUUAAUCGCGUCGAACUGUUGGCUAAGAAAAUUACGGAACUCGGUUAUUCGUGCUUCUACAUUCAUGCGAAGAUGGUUCAAGACCAUAGGAACAGAGUGUUCCAUGAGUUUCGCAAUGGUGCUUGCAGAAAUCUCGUCUGCACUGAUCUGUUUACUCGUGGAAUUGAUAUUCAAGCUGUGAAUGUAGUGAUUAACUUUGAUUUUCCGAGGACUUCUGAGUCGUAUCUACACAGGGUGGGCCGAUCAGGACGGUUUGGACACCUUGGGUUGGCUGUGAAUUUGGUAACAUAUGAGGACCGUUUCAAAAUGUAUCAGACUGAGCAAGAACUUGGCACUGAAAUCAAACCAAUUCCUUCUCAGAUCGAUCAAGCAAUCUACUGUCAGUAAACCUGUAACCACACGAGAAAAUGUUACCACCCGACGAGUCACAGUGUUGAUGAAAAUGGUGAGGCGGUUUCUUCUUCUUAGAUUUGUCAAAAACAACAUUGAUUUCAUCCUAAGACCAAUGUGCAGCAAUGUUCAGGUGUUUCUCAAGCUAAGAGGUGAUGAGGCAACUGAUACUUGGCGGUUUAUGUACAAUACAACUCGUCGCAGAUACGAACCUGAGUGGUUUGGUUUAUAAUCUUUCUCUAGACUUUGUUUCGUGUCUAUACUGAAAUAUGUUAACGUUGAACAUUAUCUUUGACUUGGCGGUCAAGUAAUAAAGAGAACAUAAGACUCUCCUACU